AUGCCCCACCUCCCAACGCAAGAUGGUGCAGGCGGCGACGAGAACCAGGAGCUCAUCUUCCCCCCCGUGACGAGGGAUCACAUCCUAAACUGCUCAUACGACGCUUGGUUUCCGCGGUACAAGAGCUCGUGUCUCAAGUCGCGCAUCAUCCCCCUAUCACCGGCCUUUGUGUCGUACCUCCACGAGGACGGCAUCAUCCUGGCCGAUGAUGAGGACGACGUGCUUGCCGAGUCCGAGGAGGAAUGGCACACCGCAGCAGCCUCCCACCCGCGGAGAGUCGAGGAGGUGGCAUCCGACGACGGGAGCGAACCGGGCGAGGACGACGACGACGACGACGAGCCCGACAGGAGGCCACCCAACGAGCGGUUCCCCGAGAUCCACCGCCUCAUCAAGGAGAAGAUUGCCGAGCUGGGCGGCUCCGUGGCGCCCAAGCUCAACUGGUCGUCGCCCAAGGACGCCAAAUGGAUAUCCCCUCACCAGAACACGCUCAAGUGCACGACGCCCAACGACGUCUACCUGCUGCUCAAGUCGUCCUCGUUCGUGUCGCACGACCUGGACCACGCCUUUGACGACUGCACGGCGGCGCCGGCGUCGCGGCCCCCGAGGCCGGUCCUCGUGCUCCGGCCCUUCUUCUCGCCGCACGUGGCCCUCGAGUUCCGCUGCUUUGUCAAACAGCGCGCCCUCGUGGGCAUCACGCAGCGCGACCUGAACCACUACGACUUCCUGGCCGGGCUGCGGCCCAGCAUCGUCCGCAGGAUCAGAGCCUUCUUCCGCAGGAGCCUGCGCCUCACAUUUCCCGACCCGUGCUUCACCUUUGACGUGUACAUUCCCGAGAACUCCCUGUCCGACGACGGGCUCGGCAGGGUCAGGCUCAUGGACAUCAACCCCUGGGCCCCGCGCACGGACAGCCUCCUGUUCAGCUGGCGGGAGCUGCUGGAUGCCGAGGUGGCUCGUCCGCUGUACGGGUCGGCCGCCACCAGCGGUGACGGUGGGGCGGAAGCCGACGAAGGCUCGGGCGAUACGAGUGCCGAGGAGACGGACGAGAGCGACGAGGCUCUGCAGGCGCGCGGGCCCGAGCUGAGAAUCAUCGAGAAGGGCGACCCUGCUGCCUACAACUUCAGCUCACCACAGUACUCGGCCCACAAGCUGCCGCGGGAGGUUGUGGAUGCCAGCGCCGCCGGAGGCACGGGACUGAGGGAAUUUGCUCGGCAGUGGAAGGAACUGACCGAGGGGAGGGCGGACGGCAUGUGGGAGAAGGCCAAUGCUGCUGGACCUGGUACGAGCAAUUGA